GGGAGCCCCGGUUGAUGACGGUGCCGGUGGCGGCGGGCUGUACGAUUUUAUUUAACCCUCAAAAAAAUAGAAAGUGUGAAAAGUUUAAAAAAAAACGGCGCGCUCACUCGCCCUGCCCCCUGAAGGAUGCUGAAGUCUAAGAGUUUCAUCAAGAAGACGCGCUCGGGCGGGGUGCUGAAGGUGGUGCGGGAGCAUUACCUGCGGGACGACAUCUUGUGCGGCUGGGCCCCGUGUGAGGAGUGCGGCUCGCGGGGCGGCUGUGCCACCCCCACCCCCUCCCCUUCCCCGGGACAGGGACAGGGCCCCGGGGGCCUCACCGACAACCCCCACACCGACAGCCAGCUCUGCCCACAGCCGCACUACCUCCUGCCCGACACCAACGUGGUGCUUCACCAGAUUGAUAUUCUUGAGGAUCCUGCGAUCCAGAAUGUGGUGAUCCUGCAGACAGUGCUGCAAGAAGUCAGACAUCGAAGUGCUCCUGUAUACAAAAGAAUUAAGGACGUAAUUAACAAUCCUGAAAAGCAUUUUUACACUUUCACAAACGAACAUCACAAAGAUACCUACAUAGAGCAAGAACAAGGUGAAAGUGCAAAUGACAGGAAUGACCGAGCAAUACGGAUAGCAGUGAAGUGGUAUAACGAACAUCUCAAAAAAUCACAUAAUAACACCCAGCAACUUCAAGUUAUCUUGAUAACAAAUGACAGAAAAAACAAAGAGCUUGCUGUGGAAGAUGGCCUGGUAGCAUUUACAUGUGAUGAAUAUGUCAAGAGUUUAGUUGGGAAUCCUGAACUAGUUGAUCGCCUGGCUUGUGUUUCAGAUACAGCUAAUGACAUUGAGAGUGGUAAGCUGAUCUUCAGAGAACAUCUGCCUUUAUCCAAAAUACAGCAAGGUUUAAAGUCUAAUCACUUCUUGCAAGGGACCUUCCGUGCUAACAGGGACAACUAUCUCGAAGCCACAGUCUGGAUCCAUGGAGAAGAAGGAGAGAACAAAGAUAUUCUUAUACAGGGGCUCAAGAAUCUCAAUCGAGCUGUACACGAAGAUGUAGUGGCAGUAGAACUGCUCCCCAAAGAGAUGUGGGUGGCACCAUCAGCUGUUGUACUUCAAGAUGAAGGGCAAGUUGAAGCUGAUGAUGAGGAUGAAAGAGAAGGCCUUCUGAAGACCGUUACAGCUAAAACAUUUUCAAAGCCAACCGGUAGAGUAGUAGGAAUAAUUAAAAGGAACUGGCGGCCAUACUGUGGCAUGAUUUCCAAGUCACAAAUUAAGGAGUCAACAAGACACUUGUUCACACCAGCAGACCGCAGGAUUCCUAGGAUUCGAAUAGAAACACGACAAUCCUCUGCACUUGAGAACCAGAGAAUAAUUGUUGUAAUUGAUGCUUGGCCCAGAACGUCUCGAUAUCCUAAUGGACACUUUGUGAGAAGUCUUGGAAAUGCCGGGGAUAAAGAAACAGAAACUGAAGUUCUUCUGCUGGAGCAUGAUGUCCCUCACCAGCCUUUCUCACAGGCUGUGCUUAGUUUUUUACCCAAAAUGCCAUGGGUAAUCACAGAAGAGGACUUAAAAAAGAGGAUGGACCUCCGAUAUCUCUAUAUCUGCAGUGUGGAUCCUCCAGGAUGUACUGAUAUUGAUGAUGCUCUGCAUUGCCGAGAGUUGGAAAAUGGAAAUCUGGAGGUUGGAGUGCAUAUAGCAGACGUGAGCCACUUUAUCCGUCCUGGUAAUGCCCUAGAUCAAGAGUCAGCAAAUCGUGGGACCACAGUAUAUCUUUGUGACAAGAGAAUUGACAUGGUUCCUGAAUUAUUGAGCUCAAAUCUCUGCUCCUUAAGAUCCAAUGUUGAGAGGUUUGCAUUUUCUUGUAUUUGGGAAAUGACACAUAAUGCUGAAAUUCUACAUACUGUAUACACAAAAAGUGUUAUUAAUUCAAAGGCAUCACUCACAUAUGCUGAAGCACAAAUGAGAAUCGAUGAUGAAAGCAUGAAUGAUGAGGUUACAUUAGGACUUCGCCGUUUAAAUAAACUAGCAAAAAUUCUAAAAAAGAGAAGAAUUGACAAUGGAGCUCUAACACUGUCUUCUCCUGAAGUGCGAUUUCACAUAGACAGUGAAACCCAUGAUCCAAUCGACCUACAAACCAAAGAAUUAAAAGAAACUAAUUCGAUGGUAGAAGAAUUCAUGUUGCUGGCCAAUAUUUCAGUUGCACAGAAAAUUUAUGAGGAGUUUUCAGAAUGUGCAUUACUCAGAAAGCAUCCAGCACCUCCACUGUCAAACUAUGACAUCCUUGUCAAAGCAGCAAAGUCCAAGAAUUUAGAUAUCCAGACUGAUUCAGCCAAAGCCUUAGCGGAUUCUCUGGAUAAUGCUGAAGUUCCUGGUUCUCCAUAUUUGAAUACACUCUUGCGAAUCUUGACAACGCGUUGUAUGAUGCAGGCAGUUUAUUUUUGCUCUGGAAUGGAUACUGACUUUCAUCACUUUGGUCUGGCUUCACCUAUCUAUACUCAUUUCACAUCACCAAUCAGAAGGUAUUCUGAUGUAAUAGUACAUCGUCUUUUGGCUGUGGCAAUUAGUGCUGAUUCUACCUACCCAGAUCUCAUGGACAAGCAUAAACAACAAGCUUUGUGUAAUAACCUUAACUACCGUCACAAAAUGGCACAGUAUUCUCAGCGGGCUUCUGUGGCAUUCCAUACCCAGUUAUUCUUUAAAAACAAAGGAAUUGUUGAUGAAGUUGGUUAUAUCCUUUUUGUGAAAAAGAAUGCCAUUGUGGUCCUCAUUCCAAAGUUUGGUUUGGAGGGUACUGUCCUAUUUGAAGAGAAAGGCAAACAAUCCCCAAAGUUGUACUACAACCAAGAGGUCCCAUCUUUAACAGUAGAAGGCACAAUGUUCAACAUGUUUGACAAAGUAACCGUAACAAUCACAUUGGAUGCAUCAAAUGUCCAACAUCAGAAGAUUCGAAUGGCACUGGUCGACCCAGUGAUUCCUGGAGUUAGUGUUCCAAGAAAUACAUCACAGAAAAAUACUAAUGUUGAAGAACCUGAGAUGAAAAAAGCUAAGCUAAACUAGGAAAGUUCCACUCUUCCUGGCUAUCACUCUUGAUAAAUAAGUUCUAGUUCGUUUAACACAAAAUGUCUGUUUUAAGUGAAGAUAAAUAUGUAUAAUGCAUAAAUUCAUAUGAUUUAAAUGUUUUUAUAACUCAAUGUUUUGAAUAAAAUGUUGAAUUUUUAUACACUUUCACGUUUUUAAAUGGAAUUCAUAGUAUAUUUUCAGUAUAUUGUUUUUAUUUCAAAAAGUCAGUAAAAUGUGGUGUGAAAAGUAAAAGUUAAUGCUUCAUGUCUGUGACCCUUGAUCAGAAAUUGAAUACUUUGAGUAAGGGAUGGAUGAGACAAGGAAUAAAGGAGGCCUGCGAUACUUUCAAAGACAGGAAAGAUAAAUGACCAACAGAAUUGCUGGUCUUCAGGGGUUAAAGAGGACAGGAUUUUGAACUAUGUGUGUAUCAAGCUGUGUCGAUUGGUCAUUAUACUGCAGUAAGGAGAGCAGUACAUUGAAAGUUACCACACUGAUUGAUCUCUCGAAGACCAUAACAAAUAAAUUUAAAACUAACUCUGGUCCAUUUCAAAUAAUUGUUUGCUAUAAACAAAAGUUUCAACUUCGCCUCCAUACAAAUGACCAACAGUUUAAGCAGAGCAAAUUCAAUUCCCAUUUUGCGCUGAUUUUUUUCCUUUUCCACAUUCUG